CGGUUGUAUCAUACGUACAUCCGCUUUCGGCAACAGACUCUCCAGCUAAUUUCCCCCACUCGUCUCUCUACAAUCAGGCACUCGCAGCGUUGAGCGCAGUCUUUUCCCAAAAAAAAAAAAACAUCUGACCGCGUGGACACUGUGAAGUAAACCGCUGCCAUGCGGGCCAUCCUGUUGUUCGCCGUGACCGUGCUGUCUCUCUGCCCGGCGGCGGAGAGCGGAGCCGAUAAGAAGAAGCUACAGAUUGGCAUCAAGAAGCGAGUGGACAACUGCCCCAUCAAGUCCCGUAAAGGAGACGUGCUGAACAUGCACUACACUGGUAAGCUGGAGGACGGCACGGAGUUUGACAGCAGCAUUCCCCGCGACCGACCCUUCACCUUUACACUGGGCACGGGCCAGGUGAUUAAAGGCUGGGACCAGGGCCUGCUGGGCAUGUGCGAGGGCGAGAAGAGGAAGCUGGUCAUCCCCUCCGAGCUGGGCUACGGAGACCGGGGAGCUCCCCCAAAGAUCCCCGGGGGAGCGACGCUCAUCUUUGAAGUGGAGCUGCUCAGCAUCGAGAGGAAGUCCGAGCUUUGAUGAAGAGAGGAUGGGAUAGAAAGCAACUUUCAAAACGUUCCAGGAGCUGCUGCAGCACUACUAUUUGGAGAUCAACUGACCAAGACUACAUGGAAAAUCUGGGAGUAGAGUUGACAACCCACGACAGAGCUACUGUGUUUUAUUGGUUUGAAGUUAUUAUAUGAUACAAGAAGUGAUGUAUGGCCUUGCUAAACAUUAGUAGAACGGACAGUGAGCAGCUAAACCCAGUAUUUGGCUACAGGUUUGAUAAUUAAGUCAUUACCUAGUAGUUUCUAGUUUCUAAUUGUCUGUAAUGUUUAUAAGAGGGUUCAUUCAUAUUUCUUUUUACAAAUAAGUUAGUUUGUUAAUUUUGUCAGAGGCAGGGGAAUGAGAAAGAUGAUGUUUUUCACUUUAAAUAUUUGAAUUAUGAUAAUAAAAUGUUCAACUUAUGGGAAA